AUGGAGUUUGCCGCCGUCAUUGCUGAGAACGUCCUGGGAAGGCUAGCUUCCCAUGCUUCCCAAGAGGUCUCUUUGGCAUGGGGUAACCAACUUGAGCUCACAAAGCUCACGAAGACUCUAUCUACCAUCAAUCUAGUGCUUCAAGAUGCAGAGAAGAAGCAAGUGAAGAAUCUCUCAAUCACUAAUUGGUUGGGAAAGCUCAAAGAUGUUUGUCACGACGUCGAUGAUGUCCUUGACGAACUGGAGUUCCGAAAGCUGCGGAAGAAAGUGCUGGCCAACAAUCAUGGGCGUGUCAAAGGACAGGUACGCCACUUUUUUUCGCGUUGGAAUCCAACAGUGUUUAACUUCAAUAUGAGACAUAAGGUGAAAGAGAUUAGAGAACGACUUGUUGAAAUUGAUAAUGAAAAGAGACAAUUCGCUCUGGUUGAGGUGACUAAGAUAGCUGAAGAUCAUAGUGUGCCCCAAAGGAUGCAAUACAAUCAAAGAGAAACUGAUUCCUUGGUAGAGGCUUCAGAAGUUAUUGGGAGAGAUGAUGAUAAAGAGCUAAUUUUUAGUCAUCUCUUACAUAACACUGAUAUCUCUAAUGAGGAGAAUGUUUCUGUUAUUUCAAUCCUUGGGAUGGGGGGGGUUGGGUAA